AAAACGGCUGCUUUCGGCUGCUGCACAGCUGAUAUACGCAGUAGUAUAUGUGCUGCGUGUUGUUUGAUAUUGUUGCCAAACCGAAAUUGUAGGCGGAAAAAGCAGAUUAGAUAGUGCUUUGUCAGCCAAAGAGAUACUUUUUAAUUGCAUUCCGAUUAAUCAUUCCUUUUGUCAUUGUUGUUAUAACAAUUAUUCUCUCGCAGGUUAGAGAUGCCUAAUUUAACCAAUUUAUCCCACUUUCCUUUAAAGAUUAUAUUUGCGAUUCAUUUGAUACUUGUAACAUUGGGGAUGCAGGGAAGUUGGUGCCCAAAAUCCGUAUUAUUUUAUAACUUGUUGUUCUUCGUUUGUAUAUUUUGGGCUGUUCAUAAUGUUGAAUCCGACGAAUCAUUACAAUUUGCACUUUUUAUAAAUGUACUAUCUAUAUUUCUGGAUAUAGUCACUUUGAUAGUUUACUAUCCAGUAUAUGACAAUACACCUAACAAGUUUAGUGGAGCCUUUAUGAUUAUGAACUUGAUUGCUCGUCCCAUUUCAAGUAUAUAUUUGCUGCGAAUAGGCCAGGAGAGAGGUGGCAGCUUAGCUACAGUAUUCACGCCAAGUCCUGCCACGGGUUACGAUCGACAAGAUUAUGAAGAGAUUUCUCAUCCCGUCCCACGAAAUUCCGAUUUUGAUGGAGUUUAAGCUUGAGUAAAACUUUUUCGAAAAAACGGCUUUAAAUUCAUAUGCAAUAUAUACAUAUGCAAUAUAUAUUUGUAAUAUAUUUUCUAUUAUAAUUUCUUAAAAUUAUUUAUUAAUGUUAUGUUAGCAUUAAUAAAUAAUUAUUAAUAAAUAAUUAUAUAAGUUGCUUGAUAUAAAAUCAUGUAUCAUAUCUCAAGAAAUCAAAGAUUAUAUAUUUCUAUUUAUUAACGUUAAUUUCUAUUCUUUUUGUUGUGCGAUAUAUUUUAUAUAUGUGUAGCUAAACCUAAAUAUUUCUCUACUCAAUAACGUAAUAGUAAUGUGUAGAGGCAAAAGUUACUUUAAUUAAUUAAUAAUAUUUAUAAGUUAUAUUCUAUUAUUUAGCGAAUUACUUGAACACAACGACUUGAAUCUCAUGUAUCAUAAAUUUCUAUGUAAUUCGUAUCUACCUAAUAUUUUUACACGCUCAGAAUCUAUUCUGUAUAACUGUUUUUACUACUGACUUGUAAAUAAAAGAUUUUAACGCAAA